CCGUGCAGUGCCCGGCUAGGUAGAUGGUGUCAGUGGAGCAGGGACGAGUCCCAGCCACCGCAGACAGCUCCGGCGAGCGCGGCAGCCCGGGUGGGGUUUGCAGGGCACAGGAAGGGGCUGGAGCAGCUGGGAGCGGUGGGUGCCGGGAGGAAGGAGGCAGGAGCUGGGAGAACAAAGAACCGAGAGCAUCAGACCCCGGGCAGCUCCUGAGAGACCAGACUCUGCCGCCUCUAUUGUGACCUGGGAGCUGAGCAGCUGCUGCUUCCCCAGCGGGGUCUGUGCUGGGGAGAGCCCGUCAUUAACCCCUCCGUGCCCGGCCGGGGGGGACCUUCUCCGGCUAGAAACCGCCCCGGACUCUGCUGACGGUAACUCCUGAGCUGUGACUCCAGGUGGCUGAGACCUUGGGGCUGGGCAGGCUGCAGAAUGACACCCACAUCUCGCUCCAGCUCAUCCCAGCCUCCCAAGGAACAGGGGAGAGGAAGGGCUGCAGUGGAGCCAGCUCAGGGGCUGGUGACCUUCGAGGAGGUGGCUGUGUAUUUCACCAAGGGGGAAUGGGCUCUGCUGGACCCCGCUCAGAGAGUCCUCUACAGAGAUGUCAUGCAGGAGAACUAUGAGAAUGUGACCUCGCUGGGGGCUGACCUUCGAGGAGGUGGCUGUGUAUUUCAC